GCAAGCAGCCCUCGACCGCUCUCCUUCUUUCAUCACGUAUCUUCCCCCAUCCAUCCCCAUCUCCACACAAUCAUGGACCAAUUCUCAGAUUCAGGAGAGCUCUUUGCGAUCCACAACCUCUUCUACCAGGGCGCCUACAAAGAAGUCCUCGACCACUCCACCGCCGGCUACUCCGACUCUGCGCAGCUGCAAUGCCGGAUCUACAAAUACCGCGCACAAAUCGCGCUUGGAUCGGCCACUACUGUAAUUGAAGAGCUCGAAGACACCGAAGGCCAGGCCGCGCUGGCGGCAGUGAAAGCGCUCGCGCUGUUCAAGGCCGGCGAGGUCGAGAGCAGUCUUGAGAUUGUGCAGGAGCUCGUCGAGACCGCGGCCGAGGACGCGAACGUGCAGGUGUUGGGCGGGAUUGUGCUUUAUCUUGCUGGGAAGGCGGAGGAUGCGCUGUUGUUGCUCAGUCAGCAUGAGGAUAAUCUUGCCGCGGUCGCGCUGAUUGUGCAGAUCAGAUUGGCGCAGAACAAGAUCGAUCAGGCGGCGAAAGAAGUCGUUCUCGCCAAACGAUGGGGCCAGGAUAACAUGCUCGUCAACCUUGCCGAGGCGUGGGUCGAUCUCAGUCUCGGCGGCGACAAAUACCAAGACGCAUUCUACAUCUACGAAGAGCUAACGCAAACCCCGUCCUCCUCGAACGCACGCACCUUCGUCGGCCAGGCCAUCGCCGACAUCCAGCUCGGUCGCUACCCCGAGGCCGAGGACGCGAUCAACUCUGCGCUCGAGCGGGAUGAGUCUAGCUCUGAGGUUCUUGUUAAUGCGAUUAUUUUGUUUACCUUGCUUGGGCGCGAUUAUUCGCAGUAUGAAGAAACUCUCAAGGCUAAGGAUCCUAACAACGCGUUCCUGACCGACUACGAAGACAAGAGCGCGCUCUUCGACACCUGCGCGGCGCAGUACACCUCCCUGAUUGUGGAGUAGACAAAAUGUACAAUAAAUACAAUAUCAGUUAGCUACACGUGUA